UUAAACAUUAUAGUCAGCGAAAUCAUUUAAAAAAAAUUUGUAAAACUAUUAAAAAAACUAAUAAUAAUGAUUUAAUUAAUACAAAUAUUACAGAUUUUACAACUAUUAACAAUAUAAAUGAUAUAUUAUCUACAUCAAUUGCUACUCAAUCUGAAAAUCUUGUUAAUAGAAUUGCUAUUCAAACUAAAAAUCUUGUUAAUACAAUUGCUACUCAGAUUGAAAAUCCUGUUAAUACAAUUGCUACUCAGACUGAAAAUCCUAUUAAUACAAUUGCUAUUCAGACUAAAAAUCUUGUUAAUACAAUUGCUACUCAGACUGAAAAUCCUGUUAAUAUAAUUGCUACUCAGACUGAAAAUCCUGUUAAUACAAUUGCUACUCAGACUGAAAAUCCUGUUAAUACAAUUGCUACUCAGACUAAAAAUCUUGUUAAUACAAUUGCUAUACAAACUGAAUCUAAUAUUAAUACAAUUGCCACUCAAACUGAAAAUCUUGUUAAUAUAAUUGCUACACAAACUGAAUUUAUU